CUCAUUCGGCUUCUCCCGGAGAGCAAUUAUAAAGGCAACAGAUCUACGUUCUAUAGGCCUACUUUGUUGAUUUGAUAUGUUUUAAAGCAGUUUGAAGUCUGUGUUCAGGGAUUUGUGAUAUUAAAUAAUAGGUGAUGUAUAGGUCAUUCCUAGCAUCUAAGUUUGUCGACGUUCAUUCAAAUCCCGUUGACUCAUGAGAUGGAGCCUUACAUGGGCGUCUUGGUGACCUUCUACGUGGUGCUGAUGGUGGUGGGGAUACCUGGUAACAUCCUCAUCGCGCUCGUGACAGCAAAUCGCACCACCAAGAAGAGCGUCCACGUCCUCAUCAUCGCUCUCGCCAUCGCCGACCUCCUCGCGUGCUGUCUCCUACCAUUCGGCAUUCACUUCUGGUUAACGUUCAACGACCAGCAGUCCCCCAUUUUGUGCAAAAUCCACAUCUUCACCAACUUCAUUAGCGUCUUCACCUCUAUGUUCAUCUCGAACGCCGUGGCCUUUGAUCGCUACUUCGCGGUGUGUUACCCUCUCAAGACCUUUAUCGAUCUUCAUCGGUCCUUUAAGGUAUGUGUAGCAUGCUUCGUUAUUGCAUUUAUCUGUAGCGUGCCUUCCGUCUUUGUGUUUGGAAUCCGUCGCCACGGACCAUCGGUAUCUCAUUGCACGGUAACGGCUAAUCGGUGGCUUACAGAAGGCCUCUACGGCAUCAUUGUCUUCGCCUUUCUCCUGUCCGCCGCUGUCCUGACCAUCUUGUACCUGCAGAUGUGCGUUAUACUUCGGCGCCGCGUUCGUUCCCGGGCCCGUGUGGCACCCGCACCGAGAUAUGACCCCUCUCCUGAUGUAGCACCGCCGAAGAAUGAUCAUAGUAUCCCGACGAUAUCGGACAAAGUUUCAGGGGGAGGCAGUUCAACCUACAGAUCCAGUGAGGUCGUUCUGGUUUCAGGGUCUUCUUUCGCGCGACCUCCUCGUGAUUUCAACCUUGCCGUUCCGAGAAUACACACCCCAUCCCUUCGGUCUUUCCCUGAGGAAACAGCCCGACCAGCGAACAACAAUGCGGUUGCCGUGGCGGAUGCGAUGAGGAACAAGACGACGAAAAUGCUGAUCCUGUCGACGGCUGUCUUCAUCGUGUCUUGGUUGCCGAACAUCAUCAUCAAAGCCAUCCCUUCGGCGCAAUAUCAACAACUCUCGCAGGUCCAUCCCGCUCUGCUGAUCACAAUCCGCUGUUUCGAGUACCUCUUCCUCAUCAACCACGCUGUCAAUCCUUUCGUUUAUAGUUUGGUCAACAAGCGAUUCCGACGACUUUGCGCGGAUUAUAUCAAGAAACUUCGAAGGAAAUUCACUAAUAACAGUGGCUGAGAAGGGUUGAAGGACUAAACCUACUUUGUAUGUAUGAUGUAGCUUUGGGUUUGCUCUUCUCCCCCCCCCCCUUUGUCAUACAUCUUGUUCGUUUGUUUGUUUUUACAACUGAGUUCAAAUUAAUACAAUACGUUAUAUAAAAUUUGUUUCCAAAUACAAUAUACAAAAAAUAAUCCAUGAUAUAAACAAUAUAGUUAUAAUACAUAUUGAAUCCAAAAUAACGAUAGGAGCAUAAAUUUUACUUGUCAAUAUAAAAUAAUAAUAAUUAAUGAACGCAGAAGACCGCCAUCGUGAGCGGUAAGGCUUAAAAGUGAUGGCGGCCUCAUAAAACAUCUGCAUUUGUAAAGAGCCAGGAUAUAUUGUCAUAAAAUUACCGAAAUCGUGUUAAGUGGCAGCCAGACAUUAUGGGAGGCUGAGCAUUAUAAUUGGAGAGUCCGAGUCUGUAUUUCAUGUAUCAAACCGCCCUUUCCCAUGGUAAACAAAAAUCGUAAUUUGAAUGAUGAAUCCAGUGAAAAAUAAGGCUAAUGACGAUUUUUUUUUUUUGCACGUAUGAAAACAAACUAGAAUCACGAACGCUAAUCACAAUCGCCAUGAUCACGAAUUCAAAUUCUACUCUGGAGGUGAGUUCCAGUUAAGUUUCACUCAAAUUACGGUACGAAUUUUCCAUGUGAAAGGUCCGAUGUUUCUAGAGACAAAUUGCUGUCAUCAUUGCAAUGAUGAUUUAAGAUUCAGGUGUGAAAAGGCCCAAAAUAAUAUUGACAGUAAUGAAUUGCGAGAUUUAAGGAAGUUGUCUCACAAUCGCGAAAGAUUGAUUGAUUGCAUUUAUUCUUUUUCAUUCCAAAAUUUAACAAAGUUAGAAUGUAAAGCAAAACACAAAAAAUAUAAUAUACAGAAAUGAAAAAAGAGAACCCACUGGAAAGCAAAGCUUGUUAGUAUGAGAUCCCUGCAAUGAAUAGUUAAUUAAGGUAUAUCUUUGAUCAAUGAAAUUUCAAUCGUAAAUUAAAAAGAUUUGUACAAUGAAAAAGAAUACUAGUGGGGUCAAGCUUUUUAUGCCUACUCACUAUGUUACAAUUAACAAAAAAUAUAUAUCAUACCCCUGCUGUAUAAAAACAAACAAACCUGAGUUCAGGAGUGUGUGAACAGACAAUCUCUUGGACAAGACAGGACGAAAACUAAAAACAAAACAAAAAAGGCACACACACACACACAAACAAAAACAAAACAGGACAGAACAGGACAAGACAGCGAAAACGAAAAGAAACAAAACAAAACACACUACAAACAUAGACAAACAGGAAGAUUGGAAAAACAAUAGAACUAGACAUUAAGGUGAUAGGAAGAGAGAGAGAGGAAAAAGAAAUGUGAGAGAGGGGGAAGAGAAGAAGGAAGAAAAUAAGAAGGGAAGAAGAACAAAAGAGGUGGUAGCUGCUUACACAGAAACGUUUGAGUUCUGGGGUUUAUACCCAAGGAUAAGAAUUUUCUUUAACCCUCUACUGAAACUUAAAUGUGUUGGUUUGUUACGUAAUGAUGCUAUAAGGGAGUUCCAAAGUUUGAUACCUGUAAAAAUAAAUGUUUUAUUCAAAAGGAUGGUUCUAGCUCUUGGUGGAUGAAAGAGCCCGGCGGACCUAGUAGGAUAAUGAUGAAUAUCGACAUUUUUAGUAAACAUGGAAUAAAAAAUAUUUGGAAGUUCAUUAUUAUCUAAACUAUACAUAAGUUUUCCGAGAUUGUAUCGAUACAAGUCACCAAUCUACAAAAUAUAAUAUUUAUAGAAAAGUUCGUCGGUGUGUGAACGAAAAUCUGCAUGACAAAUAAUACGAAUAGCCUUUUCCUGCAAAAGUAAAAUUCUGUUCAGGAGGCAGUCAGCACAAUUCCCCCAUGUUUUUGUACCGUAGUUUAAAUAAGGCAGGAUCAAAGUUGAAUACAAAUUAAAUAGUAUGAGUGGGAAAGAAAAAUUUUACUUUGUUUAUAAUACCAAUAUUUCUCGAAAUAAUUUUGCAAAUGUGAUCUACGUGUUCUUUCCAGGAAAGAUUAUUAUCAAUAGUUACCCCAAGAAAUUUAGUACUGCCGACUCUUUUUGUAAAUUAGUAUUUUCGAAAAAAAAUUACCUGGAAGUUCAUCUAUGAUAUUACUAAAGAGCAUACAAUUUGUUUUUUUGAGAUUCAGGGAUAGUUUAUUAGCUUUGAUCCAUUCAGAAACAUGUACUAGUUCGUGAUUAAUGGUGGCAAGCAAAUGGCGUGGAUCCUUAUGGGAGAAAAAAAUAUUAGAAUCAUCAGCAAACAGAAUAAAGGAUAAAUUAUUGGAGGACUUACAAAAAUCAUUUAUGUAUAUAAGAAAAAUUAGGGGACCCAAAAUAGAGCCUUGCGGAACCCCACAAGUAACAAGUUUUGUGUCGGGGAGUUAAAAUUUUCGACAGAGACAAAUUGUUUUCUAUUGUCUAGGUAG